AUGAUUCUGGCGAAACGGUGCAAGCCGGGGGCGCUGCGGAACUACUGCAGCGUGUGGGUGGGGUACAACCGAAAUGUGCAGCAGGUGGGGAACCUGAAGAACAGCCUGAACUACCUGUUCAAGCCAAGGAGCAUCGGGGUGAUCGGGGCGACGGAGAGGCCGGGGUCCGUAGGAAACUCCAUUGUGAAGAACCUAAUGAAAGGAGACGAAACGUACAGGUUAUAUUUCGUCAACAGCAAGGGAGGGAAGGUAUAUAACCGUGAGAGCUACAAAACGGUUGGAGAUAUUCCCGAGGAACAAAUUGACUUGGCAGUGAUAGCAGUGCCAAGGGACCACGUCCUAGGAGUGAUGAAAGAUUUGAAAAGCAAAAAUGUAAAAGGGGUAGUAAUCGUAACAGCUGGGUUUAAGGAAACGGGUUCUGAAGGAACAAAGCUAGAGCAGCAAAUAAUAGAUGUAGCGAAAAAUAAUGGGAUCAGAAUUAUAGGCCCCAACUGUUUAGGCAUUAUUCACUCGUACCAUAAUAUGAAUGCUUCCUUUGCAGACAAUCAAAUACUUAAGGGGAAUUUCUCUUUGCUCUCCCAGAGUGGAGCCAUCUGUUCAGCUGCCCUAGACCUCUCUCUACAACACAACAUCGGUUUUUCUCACUUCAUUUCUGUGGGUUCUAUGUGCGAUGUGCAAUUUUUUGAGUUAGUAGAGUACCUCUUCUACGACGAAAAUACCAAGUAUAUCCUUCUGUAUGUAGAAUCCAUUGGGGACAUGAACAAGUUUGUGGCCGUUUGCAAGAAGGUGUGCCUAUACAAGCCCAUCAUCCUUUUGAAGAGCGGAAAAACAGCCAAAGCGGCAGAGGCAGCCAUUUCGCACACGGGUUCUAUGGUAGGAAAUUACGAAAUAUUCUAUGCAUCUAUGAGGAAGUUAGGGGUUCUAGUGGUAGAUAAUUUUGAAGAGCUUUUUAACAUGUGUAAAAUACUUAACCUUUCUAGCUACCCAGAGACGAAUGAAGUCUGCGUUGUGACCAAUGCGGGGGGGCCGGGGGUCCUCCUAGUAGAUAACAUUGUAAAAAAUGAGGGGAAUCUCUCCAACCUUAAUGAAAAUUUGAAGAAGAAGCUAGAUGCGUUUUUGCCCCCAUCGUGGAGUAGGUCCAACCCAGUGGACAUCCUCGGAGAUGCCUCCCCCCUGUUGUAUAAAAAAACGAUCGAAGCGUUGCUAACAGAUGAGCAGUUUAAGAACAUCAUAAUAUUGUUAUCCCCUCAAAGCGUUACGGACCCGUUGAACACCGCAAAGGAGAUCAUCAGAGUGAAGGAGGAUGUAACCAAGCAGGGGAGACUCAUCCUGUGUAACUACCUCGGGGGGGUAUCCCUAGAAGAAUCUACCAACCUUCUAAAUAAGAACAACAUCCCCACAUUCGUCCACCCGGAGCACUCAGCACAGAAUUUGCUAAAGCUGUACCGAAAUAUGAUGCACAUUCAGAACCUGUAUGAGGAAAUCCCCAGCUUCUUUGCAGAUGCAGAGCAGAACUACUACGUGAAUGGGCUCAUUUGUAAACACUUUGGGGGCGCAGCGAAAGGGGGCUACCCAAAAAUGGCAGAAGAGGAAGGAGGCACUAAACAGCUGAGCAGCAAUAACACCCCAGAAGGUGUAAUCCUAAACGCGCUGCAAAAAAAAAACUACAUUCUAAACGAAUUCGACUCGAAGCGAAUCCUUCAGAGCUACGGCAUUGCGACAGUCCCGACGGAAAUCUUUCACACUUUGGAAGAAAUAGAACAGAACGCGGCAAGAAUUACCUUCCCGUGCGCCAUGAAAAUCCACUCAGACACCAUUACGCAUAAGAAGGACAUCGGCGGAGUCAUCCUGAACAUAAACAGCAGGGAGGAACUCACCCAGGCGUAUAAAUCCAUUCAAGAGGGUGUAAAAAAAUACAACUUAGAAAGCGAAUUCAAAGGAGUUACCAUCCAGCGUAUGAUCAACACUAACGACGGAAUUGAGCUAAUUCUAGGGUACUACUUCGAUGCGAAUUUCGGACCCGUUUUGCUGUUCGGCUCAGGGGGUUCCUACGUGGAAAUAUUCAAAGACAACGUCCUGCUGAUCCCCCCACUCAGUUAUUCCUACACACACCACAUGAUGAAGGAGACCAAAAUUUACCAGGCCUUGUUGGGAAAAUCCUCCAGGUUCAAACAGGGGGAUAUCCCUAAGCUCAUCAGCAAGAUUAUCAAUUUUUCGGACCUUGUUUUGGACCUUCUUCCCUACAUUAACGAGUGUGACAUAAAUCCGCUGUUCGUUUCGGGCAGCGAGAUCCUCGCUCUGGACGCCAGAUUCACUCUCCGUAGAGGUGUUACCCCGGAGUCGUUUCACUCGGCCAGGAGGGACCCCCUGUACAGCGCCUUUGCGAGGAAGUACCCCGUGGAGAUGGUCUUCUUUGACGGGGUCACCGGGGAAAAGCGGCGGGAGAAUACGCAUCAGGAGAAUACGCAGCAGGCGGAGAAGCAGAUGGAGGGGGAGCUGCCCCCCCGUGGAGAAGCCCCCCAACCGCAGCUGAUGGCCUCCCUCACCAGGAGCAUCCACCCCUACGACGUCAAACUCAUGCACGCCUUUCUCCAAAAGAACGCCCGAGAGCUGCACCACAGCGCCUUCUUCUUCACCUCGGAGGAGAGCAUCAAGACGAAGCUCUUCGCCUACGAGCUCUGCAACGCCGACUACGACCUCUACAACGUCAUCCUGCACAUGCGGAACGGCCAAGUGGCUGGCUUAAUAAAAACGGAGAAGAGACAGCACUGUAAUCACUGCUAUGUCUAUGCAGCCGACGCACCCACGUUUACCCACCUGAUUCAGAAGCUGCACGUUUUUUCCAGCAGCCAGCACUGCACCGGCACCUUCGUCUACCUGAAGAAGGACUCCCCCUUCGCGGAGCAGCUCACGGCCCUGUCCUACGCGGUAGACCACGAGCAGGGCGACGUACUCUGCUACGCGGUUAAGCAGUUAAGCGGUUAA